AAACGAGGCAUUGAAUUGAGUGUUGUUUUCAAACAUUGACUCAAACUAUUGAAUCAGUGGUUGGUUUGCGAAGUGAUUAUGGAUUCAAUGGAUGAGACACACGACCAACACAUGGAUGAACACCAGGAGCCCGAAGAUCAUAGCGGUUCCGACGGUGACAGCUCUGAUGACAGCGACGACGCCAAUGAGGAGCUCAACGCCCAAGAGAUCAAUCGACUCCAAGAAGAGUUGGCCGUCAAUUCGUACGAUUACCAGAAGCACAUCGAACUGAUCGAUAGGCUGGAGUCGAGCGACGAUCUCGAGCUGAUCCGUACGGCGCGGGAGCGCAUGAGUCGCGUCUAUCCGUUGACACCGAAUCUAUGGCUCAAAUGGAUUAACGACGAGAUAAGGAUGGCGUCCAACGCCGACGAGAAGAUGAAUAUCAUCGCACUGUUCGAGCGGUCGCUCAACGACUACAUAUCGAUCGACCUGUGGUUAGAGUACGUCCAGUACUCCAUCGGUCUGAUGGACGCCCUGACCGUCGAUGGCGUCCGACGAAUAUUCGAGCGAUCGUUGACUUACGUGGGACUCAAUGUCGACAAAGGAGUGCUCGUUUGGGACACGUUUCGCGAGUUCGAGUCGUUUAUACUCCGGUCGAUGACAUCCACGCAAUGCGAGCUCAACGACGAGAUUAAGCGACAAUUGGACCGAAUAUUUGAUUUGUUUCGACGACAGCUGUCGGUGCCGUUGAUUGGGAUGGACAACACGUACAGCGAGUGCCAGAAUUGGUGCCAAAGUGUGAAAGAAAAGUUUUCGGUCGACCUGAACGUCGCGGCCGUCAAAACGGGUUACGAGAAGGCGUGCAAAGAGUUGGCGAAACUCGUGGCAUACGAGGAGUCGCUGACCAACUCGGAGGCCCCGCAUUACGAACAGUACGUACGGUAUAUCGAGUACGAGACCACUAACGGCACGCCAACGCGCGUGCAGUGCAUCUACGAGAGGGCGCUCAUCGAGAACUGCCUGAUCGCCGACUUGUGGCACAAAUACACCACUUAUUUGGAUAAGAAAGUGGUGAUCGAUACCAUCAUUUUGCCCGUCUAUGAGCGCGCGGUUCGCAACUGCACGUGGAGUUCGCUGCUGUGGAUCAGUUACAUGCGAGCGCUCGAGCGGCUGAAGUGCGGCCACCAGAAAGUGAUGGAAGCGUUCGAGUCGGCACUUGUGGCCGGUUUCCAAGAGCCCAACGAAUACCUGCAGAUUUGGUUAACAUAUUUGGAUGGUUUGAGACGUAAAACCAAUUGGAAGGACGAGUCGGAAGUAAAGAGUUUGCGAAACACAUUCGAGAAAGGGGUUCAACACUUGGCGGCCGUGGAGGGCGCGGACCCCACGUGCACUGUAUGGCAGUAUUGGGCCAAAGUUGAGGCCAAGUACUGCUCUAAUAUAGACAGAGCGCGCGAACUCUGGAACGAACUCAUCACCAGUCGGCCGGACAUCGCAUCCCAGGCCCAGACUUGGCUGUCGUACUCGCGUUUGGAGCGACUGUUUGGCGACGACAAGCACUACAGGAAAGUAUUGAUGAGAGGGUUGACGACAUCAACCGAUUGGCCCGAAAGCGUCGGACAAAUACUACUGGAGUACGAGCGCGAAGAAGGCGUUUCCAUCGAGUCGUUCGACGAAGCGAUGAAUAAAUACGAAAAUGUGAUGAAAAAAGCGAACGAAAGGCGCGUCAAAAACGCCGAACGAGAGGCCGAAGAGAAGAAACGCGAGAAGGCGUCGAAAAAGUACGAGAAAUACGAGUUGAAGAGAGCGUCCAAACGAAAGGCCGAACAAACGCCUACCGGAGCGACAGAAGCAAAACAAAAGCCCGCUCCUGAUGUCGAUUCCGAUGGCUUCAAAGUCCCACAAACGUCUGGCUCUUCAUCGGUAUCGACGCCCAAGAAAGUGAGAGUAGAAGCGAGUGAACAGUCGACCACACAAUCAAAGCCCAGAGAGGAAAGGGAUCGAAAUGUGAACAGAAGAGAGGAUAAUAGAGAGGAUAAGAGAGGGGAAGCGCCGGCACACGGAGUCUCAUACAAAGGCGACGGAACUAAAGACUUGCAGACAGUGUUUGUGAGUAAUCUAGACUUCAAGAUAAGUGAGAAGGAGUUGAGGGACGCCUUCGAGAAGUUCGGGGUCGUCGACGACGUGCGCUUAGUCCGCAACUACAAGGGUCUGUCCAAAGGGUACGCGUACGUCGAGUACUCGUCCAUCGAGUCGGUGCGGGAGGCCCUCAAACACGACAGAAUGCCAUUAGAGGGUCGGCCGGCGUUCAUCUCAGAAAUGGGCAAACGAUCCAAAUUUGGUUUCAGUACUUCCGUCGAAAAGCACAAAAUAUUCGUCAAAAACCUGGCGCCAGAAGUGACGACCGAAGACCUGAAGAAAGUGUUUGAAAAGUACGGAACCCUUAAAGACGUCCGUUUGGUUACGUAUAGGAACGGCCACUCGAAAGGCUGCGCUUACGUCGAGUUCAACGACGAGUCGACGGCACUGCUGGCCGUUAAAGAGUCGGACGGACAGCUCGUGGCCGAUAGGAACAUAAGUGUCGCCAUCAGUAAUCCAAACGUUAAGUCAAAUCCGCGCGAAGACAGAGAUCCCAUACAGAACUUCAAUGGAAAUCCAACCGAGUCGUCGCGAUACUCAAAGACCAGAAUCGAUGCGCCGAUGAUUCCGAUGGCUCUCCGGCGACAGAACGCCAUCCGCCGGCGCCCACAGAACGGAAGUACCGACUCUUCGGCCAGCGGUUCCAAUAGCAGUGGCUCUGCCUUAAGUAACAAUGAUUUCCGAAAUUUACUUCUCGGCAACAAAUAAAGCGUUUGAAAUGAUGUGUAAUAAAAACCAUAUUGUAAU